GAAGUCUUGGCUGGCCCGGGCUCUCGUGGGCUCACUCGCUCUAGGGAACCGGCACCAUGGCGUCGGGUUGCAAGAUCGGCCCGUCCAUCCUCAACAGCGACCUGGCCAACCUAGGGGCCGAGUGCCUGCGCAUGCUGGACUCGGGGGCCGACUACCUGCACCUGGAUGUAAUGGACGGGCACCCUGCUCUUCAGGGAGGUCAGUUUUUUUGCAUUUUGUUCCCAACAUCACUUUUGGUCACCCUGUGGUUGAAAGCCUCCGAAAGCAGCUAGGCCAGGACCCUUUCUUUGAUAUGCACAUGAUGGUAUCUAGGCCCGAACAGUGGGUAAAGCCAAUGGCUGUGGCAGGUGCCAAUCAAUAUACCUUUCAUCUGGAGGCAACUGACAACCCAGGGGCUUUAAUUAAAGAUAUCAGGGAGAAUGGGAUGAAGGUUGGCCUUGCCAUCAAACCAGGAACAACAGUUGAAUAUUUGGCCCCAUGGGCUAAUCAGAUAGAUAUGGCCUUGGUAAUGACUGUAGAACCUGGGUUUGGAGGACAAAAAUUCAUGGAAGAUAUGAUGCCCAAGGUUCACUGGUUGAGGACCCAGUUCCCAACUUUGGAUAUAGAGGUCGAUGGUGGAGUAGGUCCUGACACUGUUCAGAAAUGCGCGGAGGCAGGAGCUAACAUGAUUGUGUCUGGCAGUGCCAUCAUGAGGAGUGACGACCCCAGAUCUGUUAUCAACUUACUAAGGAAUGUCUGUUCAGAAGCUGCUCAGAAACGCUCUCUUGAUCGAUGAAGCCACAAGAAACCUGGUCUCUGCUCAUGAAAUCUUUUUUACUGGGAAAAUUAACUACCAAAUCACAUUGAAUCGAAGCAGUGCUGCAUUCCAGUGAUUAAAUUCAAUUGUGCAGGAUGUUCAAGAGGUUAGAAAUAACUACCUUUUUAGUGAUGCCAUUUAGAGAUUAGCAUGAUGAAAUGUUUAUAUUGGGAAAAUGAUUUUUUUGUAAAGAGUGAAAACAUGGUUUUAGGAUUACAGACAGAAAUGUGUCUUAUUGCCUAAAGAGGAAAAUUAGCUACUAUGAAAACCAUUUUUUUCUGUAUUUUUAAAAAGAAUGUUCUGUUGUUUCUCUGAUUUAUCCCUAAAGCAAAUGACAUCCAUAUUUUCUGUUUCAUGUCAUUUGUGGUUUGUUUAUAUGCCUGAGAAUAUGAAUGGAAAGGACUAAAAUUAGAAGCUUUGGUGGGGUGUCAUGUCAUGGUCUGGCAUCUGAAACAUUUUUAUUUUUCCUUAUACUCGGUUUACUAAAGAAUAUAAAAAUAAUGUAUGAAGCCGAGGGUUUCUGAAAUGCAAGCACAGACUUUAUCACAGCAGGCUAUUCAGUAAUUCCUUCCUACUCCUGGUGCUCACUCAACCACCAUUCUUAGGGCUGUGAAAUAAUACCAUUGUGAUAGCUGUUAGCAGAAAGGAACCAUAUAGUCUGUCUCGGAAGCUCCACGGGGUUGAAUCCAGGUUGGCCCCAUUCUAGUUCUUUGAUCUUAUUAAAAAUUACCCAACCUUUUUUUUUCCACUAUUAACCAUAAAUGUUGAAUGGAACCAUAAAUAACAUGUGUUGAGAAUUAAAAAUAUAACAUGAUCCUGGAAAGCCUAUAGUUCUACUCUUAAGACUGUAGGGGACGCUCCACAAAAAAUGGCAAGCAUGUGUAUGUUGUGAGUUAUUAGGCACUUUGGUAUAAUUCCACUAAUGCCUAGAUUGUCGUAUAAUUGUUAGAGCAGCUAUUUUUUGGGCUGGUACAUUGAAAGGGUCCAGUAAGCAGGCUUUCUGGUAUGUCCUACUGCUCUGACUACAACCAGCUCUUAAGAGUUGCAUUAGUAAGAAGGUUUUUAACAUUUUUUAUUUUCAGUACCUAUACCUUCUAGCAGAAUCAGAGUAAGUCAAGAAUACCCUGGAAAUACAGAUUUGACCCCAAGGAUGUCUAUAUAAUUUUUAAGAAAGAAGAAGUAGGCUAAACUAAGUAUUAAUAACGGUGUUUCCAGUUACUGAGACACUGGAAAUACGUAUCAGCGACUUCAGUCCCACUCUUGAAUAUGACAAGAAUACAACCAGUAUCAUGAAAUUUCUUCAGGCUACUAUGAAUUUUGAGAAAUAGGUAUUAAAUUAUAAGAACACUGAUAAACGUAGGCAUGAAACAGCUUGCUGAGGCUUUUUCCUGCCCUAUAAGGUAAAGUUUAUUAUACUUGUUUUUAUUUUUGGCUUAGGAAAAGCUUGUGCAUUUAAUCAAAUCACACAAUACAAGGCAUAUAGAAAUAACUUUAAUUAAAAAACUAUGUAGAAGAUUAUAAUAUCAUUCAUGACAAAGAUUUGAAUUUAUUUGCUGGGACAACUUGUAUUUUUCUGGCUUUUGUUAUCUUUUUCUUUAAAAAUAAAUGUACAGUAAAACUAUAAGCAAAAGUUUGUAAGUAUUGAAUUUGAAUGGUUCCCCCACCCCCCUUUUGCAGGGACCAAUUUAAUUUCUAAUCCUCAACAAAACCUUAAGUAUGUAACCCACAGACACUAAGCCAGGAUUUUCAGGACUAUGGGAACUACAAAUUGAGUAAACUUUCUUUGCAUAACAAAAAGUGGUUGAUACAAAUUGUCCUUAACUUUCAUCUAGAAAAAAAAAAUGGUAUUAUAGCUCCAAAAAGAAUUUUCUUUAAUGUAUACUCCUCUGCAUUCUACAUUAAAGUCUUAGUCUUUGAAAAACUUGAA